CUACAAUAGAUUCAAUAGGUAGAAAACCGCUAGUGUAAUUGUCCAUCUUUCGUAUGAAUAGAGGGGGCUGAACAAUUAGAGGCAUAAAAUUAAAAGAAACAUCAACUAAAACUUAUCACAACGCACAAAGUCACCACCUCCAUCUCUCCACUCGCGAAAAUGAUAACCGGCCUUCAUCAUAUCAACCUCGUUGUCCCUCCGGACACCCUAGACGACGCGGCGGCCUUCUACGGCGAGACAUUAGGCCUAACCCCGCGUGCUGUGCCUGCCUUACAAAAGGGUACUCUUCUCUGGUUCGACAUCGGUACAUCUGGACAGCAAGUCCAUGUCGCCUUCGGAGAGCCAGUCGAUUUCUCCUUCGAGUCCCGCCGUCACCCAUGCUUUCGCGUCGCCGACGGUGAUCAGCUUCUUGAGUUGCGACGCAAGAUUUACGGGCACUGGCAGCGCGGUGGCACUGGUGCCCCCAGAGCAUGCGAUGCCCCUGGCUCCGAGAACAGCGGUGCUAAGGGCGUCGAGUACCCCGAGCGCUUCUUUGCUCGAGACUAUGCGGGUAACCGCCUUGAAUUCACGACUUAAAUACAACGAUCAAGAUGUACCGGGAUCGGUAUGGAUAUGAGUGAUUGUGAUUAGGCAGAUUGAACAUCGAUGACUGUGCGCUGGUUAUCGUUUUUUAUGUACUUAUUGGCAAGUUCAUAUCGGCGAUAAUUGGAUGAAAUGAAAAGAACCGGAUAUCUAUGAUGUGUAACCAAAGUUUGAGUCCCAACCGAGGCCCCAGCUCAUAGAUCUACUUUGUUACGAGCGGCGCGUCAAUGAUUUAGAUGCUUCAUCUUGCCACCAGUCUCUUCCGCGAAACCCACGUGUUUCGAUAUAGUUUUCAAAUAGAGUUCGUAUUUGACAAGAUAAUAGGGCUGAACUAAGGGGACCCAAUGAGGCAAGCUUUGGCUAGCUAGGGCAAGAUAAGAUAGCCUAGGCUAGAUGUUGAAAUGACAGCGGUUCAGUCAAUAUAAACCACACACCUUUCUUUUGACUGUGGUUGAUCCA